AUGGGGAAAAAAAAUAAAGAAGAUUUAUAUAAAGAAAAUAAAUUAGAAGCAUCAAAGUUAAGAAUAGCAAUUGUAAGUAAUGAUAAAUGUAAACCAAAAAAAUGCCAUCUAGAAUGCAAAAAAAACUGUCCUAUCGUAAAAACAGGAAAAUUUUGUAUAGAAGUUGAGCAUAGUUCUAAAAUUGCGUAUAUUAGUGAAACAUUAUGUAUAGGAUGUGGUAUAUGUGUUAAGAAAUGUCCGUUUUCUGCUAUUACUAUUAUUAAUUUACCAAAAGACAUUAAUAAAGAUGUUGUACAUAGAUAUGGUCCUAAUACCUUUAAAUUGCAUAGAUUACCUAUACCUAAGUUAGGUCAAAUUUUAGGUUUAGUAGGAACGAAUGGUAUUGGAAAAUCAACCGCAUUAAAAAUUUUGUCUUCUAAGUUAAAGCCAAAUUUAGGAAAAUUUAAUAAUCCACCAGAAUGGAGAGAUAUAUUAUCCUUUUUUAGAGGUAAUGAAUUGCAAAUUUUUUUUACGAAACUGUUAGAAGAAAAAUUAUCACCUAUUAUCAAACCGCAAAAUGUAGAUCUUAUACCCAAACAAAUAAAAGGAAAUAUAUUAGAUAUUAUUAAAAAAAAAGAUAAAUUAAAUCAAAAGGAUAAAUAUAUUAGUGAAUUAGAUCUAGAACAUUUAUUAGAUAGAAAUGUGGAAGAUUUAAGUGGAGGAGAACUACAAAGAUUUGCUUUAUUGAUUUCUAUUAUUGGUCAAUCAACAAAUGUAUAUAUGUUUGAUGAACCGAGUAGUUAUCUGGAUAUUAAGCAAAGAAUAUCAAUGGCAAAAAUUAUUCAUAAAUUAGUAAAACAUGAUAAUUAUAUUAUUGUAGUAGAACAUGAUUUAUCUAUUCUAGACUAUUUAAGUGAUUAUGUUUGUUGUCUAUGGGGGAAAGCAGGUGCAUAUGGGGUUGUAACAUGCCCCUUUUCAGUUAGAGAAGGAAUAAAUAUAUUCCUGGAUGGUUUUGUUCCUACUGAUAAUUUAAGAAUUCGUGAGGAAUCAUUAAAUUUUAAACUAGCAACGGAUCAAGAUGCUACAGAUGAAGAAAAAAAAAGAUUACAUUUUUAUAAUUAUCCUUCCAUUGUAAAAACAUUAAAUUCUUUUACAUUAACAAUUGAAAAAGGAAUUUUUUCAGAGUCUGAAAUUUUCGUUUUGUUGGGACAAAAUGGUAGUGGUAAAAGUACUUUUAUAAGAUUGUUUGCAGGAUUAAUUAAACCUGAUAAUUUAGAAAGUCUAAGCUUUUUAGAAUCACUAAGUGUUUCUUAUAAACCACAACAAAUACAAGCAAAAUUUACAGGAACUGUUAGGCAAUUGCUGAUGUCUAAAUUAAAAGGAUUAUAUACAGAUCCAUAUUUUAAUAAUGAAAUUAUAAAACCAUUAAAAAUUGAUUCAAUUUUAGAUAAUCAAGUUUUAACAUUGUCAGGUGGAGAAUUACAAAAAGUAGCAAUUAUUGUUACACUAGCUAAAAAUACUAAUAUCUACCUAAUUGAUGAACCAUCUGCUUAUUUAGAUUCAGAACAAAGAAUAAUUGUAUCUAAAAUUAUUAAAAGAUUUAUACUUAAUACUAAUAAAACUGCUUUUAUAGUAGAACAUGAUUUUAUUAUGGCAACUUAUUUAGCUGACCACGUAAUAGUUUUUGAUGGGCAAGCAGGGGUGAAUACUGUGGCUAAUACUCCUCAAACUUUAACUGCUGGUAUGAAUAAAUUUUUAAAAAUUAUUGAUGUAACAUUUAGAAGAGACCCAACCAAUUAUAGGCCAAGAAUAAAUAAAUAUGAUAGUGUUAAAGAUAAAGAGCAAAAAUUAAAUGGAACAUAUUUUAUUAUUGACGAAUAA